CAUGAUGGCGGCGGCGGCGGGAGCGGCGAGCUCGUCGGCCUCCGCCUCUUCUUCUUCUUCUUCGGGCCUGGCCGGCGGGCGAGCGCCGCGGCGGACGGCGGGGAACCGGCUCUCGGGGCUGCUGAACGCCGAGGAGGAGGACGAGUUCUACCAGACCACCUACGGGGGCUUCACCGAGGAAUCGGGCGACGAUGAGUACAAAGGGGACCAGUCGGACAGCGAGGACGAAGUGGACUCCGACUUCGACAUCGACGAAGGGGACGAGCCCAGCAGCGACCAGGACGACUCGGUGCCCAAGAGGAAGAGGAGGGUGGUCACCAAGGCCUACAAGGAACCCAUCAAAAGCUUGAGGCUGAAGAAGCCCGAUGCCCCGGCCAGCAGCUCGCAGAAGACCAGAGAGGACAGAUCGGCACCCGCAGAACUGGAAGACACAGUGGACAGCCGGAAAUACAUGCGCCAGUCGACCACCGAGCACACCCGCCAGACGUUUCUGCGCCUCCAGGAGCGCCAGGUGCAGUCUAGGCGCAAGAAGGGGGGCGGACCCAGCUACGACCGGCCCCUGACCCAGGAAGAGCUCCUGAGGGAGGCCAAGAUCACCGAGGAGCUCAACCUGCGCUCUCUGGAGACGUACGAACGCUUGGAAGCGGAUAAGAAGAGGCAGGUGCAAAAGAAGCGGAAAUGCACAGGGCCCACCAUCCGCUACUAUUCGGGCACGAUGCCCCUCAUCUCUGACCUGGGAUACAAGGAGGAGAACGUGGACGUGGAGGGGUUAGAGCAGGAGGGUCUCCUGGAGACGCCCUCGGCCGCUGCGCCUGCCGCAAAAUGCUCCCGCACCUUCAUCACCUUCAGUGACGACGAGACCUUCAGGCGCUUCUUCCCCAGAGCCCCUCCCCCCAAGCUCCCCGUCAAGGAGAUCUGCCCCGUCAGCCACAAGACCGCCGUCUACCGCGACCCCGUCACCGACAUCCCCUACUCCAGCAUCCGCUCCUUCAAGAUCAUCCGCGAGGCUUACAAGAAGUACAUCACCGCCCACGGACUGCCCAGCGCGGGGGCCUCAGCUGCCCUGGCUGCUGGCUCCCCCAUGCCCGACCCCGGCAUCCGGCCCACCAGGCAGAAAAUCAUCAUCAAGCAGAGCGUGCCGGCCCCCUGAAGCCCCUCCGUCUCCGCCACGGGUCGUUUGGCGCUGGAGAAACCAAAAUCGUGGAAGAGCAGCAUGAACACCGUUUCUUGGCCUGUUUGGGGUCGUGUUUUCUAGGCAGUUUCUGGACCAGUUCAAGAGGAGACCGCAGCUAAAAAAAAACCCCACACCCACCCACUGCAUGUGCAAUCUGUGGUGGAAACGGGAGCCAAAAUGUUUUCUUUUUUAUUUCUGGUUUCUUUUUCUCUAAUUUGCCAUCCCAGAGUGAAAACAAGGCCCCAAAUGUUUCUUUCUUCCUGUCUGUUUCUCUGGUUAUCCAGAUGGUAGAACGGCCCCUGAGCACAGGCAGAGCGUCUGGUCUGUCACCCACAAACCGGACAUGAGCCACGAUAGCUUUGUGCCAGCUAAUUCGCAAUUCCACAACAGGGCACCGAUUCUUUCCUCGAACAUCUCGUCAGGUUGUUGUUUCUGUUGUGACUUUCGGUUAUUAUUUAUUCUCUGUCCUUUUUGUGUCCCGCCUGGGACGGUUGUUGAGAGCGGUUCCUUCACUCCGCUGGGAAAUUCGGCCUCCGUCCAGUCUUCCAGGCUGCACAGAAAAGGGAUUGCGUUGGAGGGAGGCCGGAUCAGGGCAGGGGAAGCCGUAAUCCCAGCCGUGGCUUGAUCUUUGUUUGCUAGUAUCUCUUUUCUUAAAAAAAUAAAAUAAAAUA